AUGGUCAUGAUCAUUCUCACGGGUAAUUAUAACUUCUUCAACAUCUUGAUUAUUGUGAUUUGUAUCCCUAUGCUGGAACGUGGGCGUCAUGUUCAAUGGUUUUCAACGUGGACUGACAAUAUCCUUUCGCUCAUUAUUGGGUCUGUGCUCACUGCUCACUAUAUGUAUUGGUUCAACGUCAGUUUCCACGUGACGUCACUGCAGGUUACAACUGAAAUAGUAUUUGAAAGACGACAGCUAGAUGCUGCGGUGACAAAGACAACUUGCUUUUUAUUGUAUUUAGGUGUAUUUAUGUUUGUGACAACGGUUGUUACAGCUGUUGUUCAGUAA